AAAAGGAGAGAACAUUAAACUCAUUGUACGCUGAGUGAACAGUCUACGCAAAGAGAAAAUAGAUCCGAUACUGAAAGAAGGAAAUGCAACAAACACUAAACAUUACAUCAGGCAUCACUCACAGAUUUGCAUUUCCUUUAGUGGUCAAAAUUAUAACUUCCUCUACAAGACCACAAUUGUAAUGCAGGUUCACUUCCUCCUCAUUUAUAAGGUAAACCUCGAGUUCACAUUAGCAGAAACCAUGGAGUACCAGAACAUCUCCAACAUGUCUUCAUCUGCGGGUCCCUCAGUGGAUCUGCUGGUGUCCAGCGCUGUCCUGGGGCUGUGUUUUGUCCUCGGCGUCCCGGGUAAUAUAGCAGUGCUGGUCCUGCUUGGCCAAUAUCUGAAGGACAGAAGCUUUACUCCGAAGCUGAUGUUCAGUCUGGCGGUGUCGGAUCUGAUGAGUCUGCUGUUCAUGCCGGUGUGGAUCUACGCUCUCCUCAAUGGAUGGGUGUUCGGUCAGGCUCUGUGUAAGCUCUUCUCCUAUAUAGUGUACUGGAGUCUGUACUGCAGUGUGCUGAGCGUCUGCUUGCUGAGCGUGCAGAGAUACCUGCAGGUGCUUCAUCCACAGAUAUGGGCCACGCUUGGAGAGAAGAACCAAAGCGGGAUGAUUUCUGCCAUAUGGACUUUAAGCGCAGCUUUGGGUUCGUACUCUCUUUAUUACCAAAAUGUCAUUAAGAAGAAGGAUGGGCUUCUGUAUUGUGAUCAGUAUUUUGAGAAUGAUCUUGGAAAAAUUAUGGUGUUGAUUGUGGAAGCUCUACUGAUGUUCAUUGUGCCUCUUCUCAGCCUGUUGUGCUUCUACUUUGGGCUCCACCGGCGGGUCAGUCAGUCGGUCUCCUUCAGCAGUCACAGACUGACCACACUGGCCGUCAGGAUUGUAGUGACCUUCUUUAUAUUCGGGAUCCCCUGUACCAUCAACCACUUUUUGGCAAUGGCAAUACCCUGGAUAUCAGACAUUAUCUACAAUACAACGAGGGCUCUUUUCUUUAUCAAUAACAGCAUAAACCCAAUUCUUUACACCUUUUCUGCUCGGACUCUGCUAAGGAGAGGAGCACAGCAGUCAGAUCAGACACAAGACGAUCAGACUUAAACCCACCAAGCAUCUGGUAACGCGGGUAGACAGAAAUAGGCAUUCUAACCCUUUAAAGUGACUUCACUUCUGUUUAUAUAUAUAUGUGUGUGUGUGUGUGUGUGCGUGUG